AUGUAAUGUGAAUUUGCCAUGGACCGACAUAUUAAACUUUAUUCUUUUCAAACAUUAUGAAUAUAAAAUUUCAACGUUAACGACUUUAAUUAAAAUUAGAAGGAAUCUCUGUAAUAUUUCACAGCUUCACACACUCUAAAAUUCAAAAAAAUAAUAUUUCAACCAAACCUCCUCAACAUAUAUAAAUAGUAACAUAGCCACUUUAUAACACAUUUUCACAUUAUCCAAUCAAAAAAACAAAAAAAAAAAAAACAAAGCAAAGCAAAGAGACAAUGGGAAACAGCAUUACUGUGAAGAGAAAGAGAGCUAAAGUAAUGAAGAUCGACGGCGAAACUUUCCGAAUUAAAACUCCGGUGACGGCGAGAGAAGUCACGGCGGAUUAUCCCGGUUACGUUUUGUUAGAUUCACAAGCUGUGAAACACUUUGGAGUUCGCUCUAAACCGCUUGAACCGAGCCAAAUCUUGAAGCCGAAGAAAACUUAUUUUCUCGUCGAGCUUCCUAAGCUUCCGCCGGAGACGACGGCGACAGAUUCGGACAAUAAGCUUCCGUACCGGAGAGUUAUGUCUGGAAUCCACGUUGGCGCGAAGGAGCGGUUAGAAAUGUUGAUGUUGUCUCGGAGAACAGUUUCUGACGUCACGAUCGGGAGAUCUGACGGCGGAGAUGGGUUUGGGCCUGGACUUGGGCCUGGACAUACGAGUGUGAGGUUGAGGUUGCCUCGUUCUCAGAUUACGAAGCUUAUGGAAGAGAAUAAUAAUGAUGCUUCAGCGAUAGCUGAGAAGAUUUUAGGUAUCUACAUGGAGAGGUCCGGUGAGCUUGGCGGCGGUAGAGGUGGUGGUGAUAGCCGCCGGAAACUUGGAAGUGGGGAGAUUAAAGCGCGUGAGAAGCAGGUGAGUUUUGCCGGAGAAGGUGGACGGGAGCUUCCUGUUCUAUGGAGCAGAAGUGGAAAAUAAUCAUCAAUUAGACAAACUAAUUCUCCUUUUCCAUUUUUUAGAACCCUUUUUCUAUUUAUGUUCUUAUAUAAAGUUAUUGUGGUAGGACUCCUAUAUUAUGUUUAUAAAUAUCUUUUAUAUAGCAAGUAGAGAUUAUUUAGAAUUGUUUGUUUUCCUUUACGUUAAUUAGUCUUUACAUA